GCAAAAGUUUUACGUUUUCGAAACAAAAAAAAAAGUUUUUUCCCCUGUGUUCCUUCAAGGUAUCACCGGGAAAAAGUUUCCGGCAGGUAUGAAGCGUCGGGGAGUAAGAAUUUCCCUUCCCGUCGUGGUCGUGAUGCUUGUCAUCGGUUUCAUCUACUUCUCCACUGUUUUCACGUUCAUCGACCGGUGGUUUAGCCUCACGUCCUCGCCUGGAAUCGCCAACGCCGCUGUCUUCACCGCCUUGGCUCUGAUGUGCGUUUACAAUUACGCCAUCGCGAUCUUCAGGGAUCCGGGUUGGGUCCCCGCCAAUUACGCGCCCGACGUCGAAGAUCCGGAGAAUCCUGUCCACGAGAUCAAACGCAAGGGGGGAGACUUAAGAUAUUGCCAAAAGUGUUCGCAUUACAAACCUCCGCGUGCCCACCAUUGCCGUGUUUGCAAAAGAUGUGUACUUAGAAUGGAUCACCAUUGCAUUUGGAUCAACAAUUGUGUUGGGCACACCAAUUACAAAGCCUUUUUCAUCUUUGUUAUCUAUGCAGUGACUUCAUGUGUGUACUCCCUGGUUAUGCUUGUGGGAAGCCUAACUGUUGAGACUCAUGAUGACGAGGAAGAGCUAGGAGGUUACCUAAGAACUACCCAUAUAGUUUCUGCACUUCUUCUUUUCCCUCUGAGUAUCGCACUUAGUGUUCUUCUUGGGUGGCACAUCUACCUCAUCUUGCAAAACAAAACAACUAUCGAGUACCAUGAAGGGGUGAGAGCUAUGUGGUUGGCGGAGAAAGGUGGGCAAGUCUAUAAGCAUCCAUAUGAUAUCGGUGCAUACGAAAACCUAACAACGGUGUUGGGUCCAAACAUCCUCUGCUGGCUCUGCCCUGUGUCAAGACAUAUCGGUUCUGGUCUCCGUUUCCGGACAGCCUAUGACUCGAUCCUUGUCUCAUCUGAAUCAAAAUAAAACCAGCUAACACACAAGUCAUUUUCUUUACUCAAUACCAUUAACAAGGAUGCACAAUCUCUGACCUCACAGCACUGUGCUCAUCAUUACGUGCUUUCAAAUAUCUACGGCUGCAGUUCUGUCUCAGGACCAAAAGAGAGAGCAGUCCUGGAUCAGACAUUCAUUCAUUGCGUAGGGGAUUAGGGUCCCCUCAUUUGUUAACUGGAUCAAGAACAUCACUUUGUGAAAAAUCCAACUGUAUCAGUUAGGUAAAUUUCUUGUCUCUCUCGUUUGUUUGAUUUUGAGUUUCUUGUAAGGAAAAGAUUGCGAAAAAUUAGGGAUGCAAAUACGGAAUUCAAGCUGAUGAUGAUGAUACACAUUGUACAAGUUCACUGUUGAAGAACACCAGCAAAGUAAGAAGGAGAUGGUUGAAGGCUUGAAAUCCUGUUGUGUUCCUUCUUUUCUUCCUCUAACCUGGAAACUGUGCAAGUGUUUUUUGUUUCUUUUUCUCCAACUUAGAGAGUAACUUACAGGCUACAAAGUGAAUGUAACACUAAAUAAAGUUUUUUUUUUUAAUGACA